CAGUUGUGAUUGGAUCUAAUUAGACUUUGCGGCAGCAAAUAGACGAGCUCCCUGCGUGAUUGGCUUUAAAGUGGAUGGUGCCAAACAACUCGCAGAGGCGCAAAAGUAGCAGCCCUGCUUUGGGAGCCCAGACGAAGAGGAGGGAGCUCCAGGGCGCUCAGGACGCGCGGGAGAAUCUUUCCCGGAGCUUUCUGCCUAAGAAAGGGCUCAGCUUCCAGGCAUGCACACAAGGCGUUUUGGCUCAUCAGGAACCAAGAGACGGGGCAAUUAGAGAGAAGGUGCUUGCUGCCAAACCCAGUCCUAAAAAGUGAGCCUGCUACUUGAUUUGCAAAACCAGAAAUACUGCCUCCGCGGCUGCAGCAUCAAGAAUAAAAAAGGUGAAAUUGUUUAAGGACCGGCUUCUCUCUGGGUCUCCCGACUGGCAUGGCAUCUGUCCUGGGGAGCGGCAGAGGGUCUGGAGGGCUGAGCAGUCAACUCAAAUGCAAGUCCAAGAGAAGAAGGAGGAGGAGGUCCAAGAGGAAAGACAAAGUAAGCAUAUUGUCAACCUUCCUCGCACCCUUCAAGUACCUAAGUCCUGGCACCACAAACACGGAGGAUGAAGAUACUCUAAGUACCAGCAGUGCUGAAGUGAAGGAAAACCGAAAUGUGAGCAACCUGGGGACCAAGCCCCUGCCCCCUGGAGACUGGGCCAGAGGCAGCACACCCAGCAUUAAAAGGAAAAGGCCGCUGGAGGAAGGAAAUGGGGGACAUUUCUGCAAACUCCAGCUGAUCUGGAAGAAGCUCUCCUGGUCUAUGACCCCCAAAAACGCACUGGUCCAGCUGCAUGAGCUGAAGCCGGGUCUGCAGUACCGGAUGGUAUCACAGACUGGCCCAGUGCACGCCCCUGUGUUCGCAGUGGCCGUAGAAGUGAACGGACUCACAUUUGAAGGCACCGGGCCCACUAAGAAGAAGGCCAAGAUGAGGGCAGCGGAGAUGGCCCUGAAGUCCUUCGUGCAGUUUCCCAAUGCAUUCCAGGCCCACCUGGCCAUGGGCAGUAGUUCCAGUCCAUGCACUGACUUCACGUCUGACCAGGCGGAUUUCCCCGACACGUUGUUUAAGGAGUUCGAACCAUCCUCAAGAAAUGAGGACUUCCCGGGCUGUCGUCCCGUCGACACUGAGUUUCUGUCCUCUGCCUACCGGCGAGGACGGCUACUCUACCACACACUGGACCUCAUGGGUCAGGCUCUGCCUGACAGGUCCAGGCUGGCUCCUGGGGCCCUGGGUGAGAAGAACCCCGUAGUGGUGCUGAAUGAGUUACGCUCAGGUCUGAGGUAUGUGUGCCUCUCUGAGACAGCCGAGAAGCCCCGAGUCAAGAGCUUUGUCAUGGCUGUGUGCGUGGACGGGAGGACGUUCGAAGGCUCUGGACGCAGCAAGAAGCUGGCCAAGGGCCAGGCAGCACAAGCUGCCUUGCAGGCCCUCUUCGACAUCCGGCUGCCGGGUCACACACCCAGCAGGAGUAAAAGCAACCUCUUGCCACAGGAUUUUGCAGACUCUGUGUCCCAGCUGGUCACACAGAAGUUCCGUGAACUGACAGUUGGCCUGAUGUCUGUGUAUGCCCGCCACAAAACACUGGCAGGGAUCGUCAUGACCAAAGGCUUGGACACCAAACAAGCGCAGGUCAUCGUUCUGUCCUCUGGGACCAAGUGUAUCAGCGGUGACCACCUCAGUGACCAAGGGCUGGUUGUCAACGACUGCCAUGCUGAGAUAGUGGCCAGGCGGGCAUUUCUUCACUUCCUCUACACUCAGCUGGAGCUGCACUUGAGCAAGCAUCGAGAGGACUCUGAGAGAUCAAUAUUCAUACGUUUAAAGGAAGGAGGCUACAGGCUGCGAGAGAACAUCCUCUUCCAUCUCUACGUGAGCACAUCCCCCUGCGGAGACGCCAGACUCAACUCUCCCUACGAAAUCACCACAGAUUUGAACAGCAGCAAACACAUCGUCAGGAAGUUCCGAGGGCACCUGCGCACCAAGAUUGAGUCUGGGGAAGGGACGGUCCCUGUCCGGGGCCCCAGUGCAGUCCAGACGUGGGAUGGCAUCCUGCUGGGGGAACAGCUAGUCACCAUGUCCUGCACAGACAAGAUUGCCAGCUGGAAUGUGCUGGGACUACAAGGCGCUCUCCUCUGUCACUUCAUCGAGCCUGUGUACCUGCACAGCAUCAUUGUGGGAAGCCUGCACCACACGGGCCACCUUGCACGGGUCAUGAGCCACAGGAUGGAGGGCAUCGGCCAGCUGCCUGCCUCAUACCGGCAAAACAGGCCUCUCCUUAGUGGAGUGAGUAAUGCCGAAGCCCGGCAGCCGGGAAAGUCUCCUCACUUCAGUGCCAACUGGGUCGUGGGCAGCGCCGACCUGGAGAUCAUUAAUGCCACUACUGGGAAGAGGAGCUGUGGGGGCUCGUCCCGGCUCUGCAAGCACGGGUUUUCUGCUCGGUGGGCACGGCUGCAUGGUAGGCUAAGCACACGGAUCCCAGGCCAUGGAGACACGCCAUCCAUGUACUGUGAGGCCAAGCUGGGGGCCCACACCUACCAGUCUGUUAAACAACAGCUCUUCAAGGCUUUUCAGAAAACUGGUCUUGGCACCUGGGUGAGAAAACCACCAGAGCAAGAUCAGUUUCUACUAAGUUUCUAAAUCACUAGACUCCUUUGCUAUUGGACCAGAGUGGAACACCUGGAGAAGACGCAGCUGUAGGAUGGUGUGGUGUGUCCAUCAGUUCUUGACCUUUGUUCUGCUUCGGUGUUCAAGAACACACGUGUUCAUGUUUGGAUGAGAGACUAGAUUUGAGUUUGGGUCAUGCUGCUUCUCCCUGGGUUGGUAGUUCCAAGAACUCUGUCCACCAUAGCUAGAGGUAGAAGCAUUACUGUAUCAGCCUCAUCCCUUAUUGGGUGUCAAAGGAAUUCAUCUGUCCAGGCAAGGGAAGUUUAGAGGCAGGGCUCUAAGUGGUACUGAAGUGUAGCCUCAUGCACCUUCCUCUGGACUUCCUUCCCCUUCCAUGGGCUUCUCUAGCAGUGUGAUUGAAUCUUACCAGCACAAGUUUGUAUGACACUUCAAGAUAAGCCACAGGUGAAAAGAAAAGCCAUGGGCUCCCCAACUCCUCCAAAGACCCAACAGGAAUGCCAUAUCAUUCUCAUUAUUCAUUCAAACAUUUCCACCUUCUUUCAAAAAGGACUUGAGAUAGACACUGUUAAAAAGGGACUAAAGUAAAUGAAAACCAUGCCUAUGACACAAAGGGACAGUUACCUACAACACAAAAGAGUCAUGAUCUUUGAUCUAAGAAAGCUGCUCUUAAACUGGGCAGUGAUAAAACGUCGCACACAAACCCAUGCCUAUUCACUUGAUCACACCCUCUUCAUUUCUUUUCACAGACAAUGACAGCCGUGGAAGUGAGAGCAGUAGAGUGAUGAACCACUACCCAGUAAUCUCUCUACUAGCUAAUAGUAAUGAAACUGAGUCUUAGGUCAAAGCCUGAAUUUUUAUUAGAAAGAAAGCAUACACACAACACACACACCCUCAACACAGUCUUUAGGUUUGAGGAGCUGCUCACUCUCUAUCAUUUUAGGUUCCUUAAUCAUCAUCUUGCAUGAAUAAAAUAAGAAUAACAAUAAUAGUGACAACUUACCAUAGGUGCCAAAAUUAAAGGAACAGAAUAAUACCACUUUUAGAAUGGGCAUCCUUGUUCAUGGCUAGACAUAGAUUUAUUUAAUAUUUAUCUUACAUAAUCUUCCCUAAGAGGAAAAAAGAUUCAGGCAAGGGGAGGCAUGUUGCUAACAUAUUUUUAGUCAAGUCAACCUGUGUUUCUUGAAUUGAUUUAUCACUUGGAGCUCAUUUCUAACAUCAUCACACUAGUUAACAUGUGUUUAAUCCUUUUUAUUUAAAAAAAAAAAAGUCUGAUUGGCUAAAGAGAUUGCACAGCAGUUAAGAGCAUUUCCUGUUUCUACAGAGGACUCUACUUCAGUUCCCAGCACCCACAUGGCAGCUUAUCACCACCUACAACUCCAGCCCCAGUGACUCCACACAACCAUGAGUACACUUAUAUACAUGUGGGCAAAGUAUCAUAAAAAUUAAUAAAUCCCUUUUUAAUCCCCUCUAAGAUGCAUUAUGGUUUUUUGGUUUGCUUUAUUUUAAAAGUAUAACAGAAACCACUUCUAGAAUAUUGGUUCUUGGUUAGAAUUCCAGCUCAGCAAUCCUCAAUAAAAUUCAACCAUUACAUCAUGACAUGUGUAUUCUAAUAUAUACUGCAGAUACCAUCAGGAUAGAGUAAACAUGAAUUACAUUGCAUGUAGCUAUCUGAUACACUAGGAAGAAGAAUGGAGAUACUAAUUUUUUGGCUUUAACAUGAGAUCAUAUUUAGCACUAAAGUCCUUUGAGAAGAGUAUGAGCAUCAUUGUAAGAAUAUUUUCAAGAUAAACUUUCAAAGAUAUGCAAAUGUUUUUGCAAAUAAAUGAUUCACGUCAAUCUUUCCUAAAUACUGAGGAAAGUGGAAUCUUAACUCAGUGUAAAGGUUAAGAUCCAAAGGCCAACUUAUGGGCUGGAGAGAUGGCUCAGAAGUUAAGAGCACUGGCUGUUCCUCCUAAAGUCCUGAGUUCAAUUCCAGCAACCACAUGGUGGCUCACAGCCAUCUAUAAUGAGAUCUGCUGGCACACAUGCAGGCAGAAUACUGCAUUAAUAAAUAAAUCAAUCUUUUUAAAAAAAAAUGGCCAGCUUACAGUAAUCUCUGAUAACUUGAUGUAUCACUAAGAGGAAGUUAGAAACCCAAGAAACCUUGAGAGCUGAGUUAUGGCUUAAAUGGUAUUUCUCUACCAUUAGGCACAGGUACUUCCUGGCUGAAAUCUAAAACCUGCCCUCAAUUCAUUUGUAUUCUGAGCUGUUGCAUGGAGAAUGCACGGCACUUCGUUCAGGCAACAUCCAAAGAGUUCUGUUGGUUAUGAAAAGACUGCCAUUAACUGUAGGGUUUUAAACAUGGUGGAAAGAUACAGAAGGGGCCACCUUUCAAGAACUCUCAAUGAACAUCACCACUUGGCCCUGUGCUUACCUAACAGUGAACAAACUGCAGAACUGGGGUUAUGACUUGUGUUCUCUAAAGUACCAUUUUUUCCAGAAACAACCCAAACUUUCCCAAAGAUGAGUAUCUCCUUCUGAAAAAGGCCACCCAUCGGAUUCAUUCUACUCCUUAGCUCUAGCAUAGAGACUUGCUUACUUAUAUUAAUUGUGUGUACACUGGGGGAGAGUAUGUGCACGUGCCUACAGGACACUGAAGAGGGUGUCAGAGCAGCUGGAAUGAGAUACAGCAGUUGUAAGACACCCUAUAAGGGUGCUAGGCACCAAACAAGUCCACUGGAAGAUGCUCUUAACCACUGAGCCAACUCUCCGGCUCUGAGAAUCACUUAUAAGUCAACAGGAGAUUUCCUAGAGAGGAGAGCUAGGGAAUCUACAUUUGUUUAUAGCAGUGAAAGUUUUUUUUUUAUGCUACAAGUGUAAUUUUAAGAAAUUAGGCUUUUCCAAAGAGACGUUGUGUAAAAUGCUUUUUUUUAAUAGUUUACUGCCUUGCAAGACACUUAUCAGAGUGAGUAUUAAAUAAAGAAGGAGAUGGGAGGAAGGAGACAGAGGGUCCCUGGAUCUGUUCAAUGACAAAAGAGUUACUGAAAUUAUUUAAAGUGAAUCCUACCACAUGCUUAAAAACAGAGGUUAGGAAAAGACAAUCUUCACGAAACUGGAAAACACAAAGCGGUAUUAGGAGGGAAGAAUGAAAGACCUGGGUACGUUUAUUAUCUGCAUCAGACAGGUAGCCACAUCAGGGUUGCACACCUCUGCCAUAUUGGGUCAUAUAUGUGUUGCCCCUGACCUACAGACACCCAACCCACUCCAGAAGUAGCCAGUUACAGGACCUGACAUACCAUCUGGUGUGCAUGGAAUAAACCCUGAAAGUCAGUGGCAAAUGCUUAAGAAUUUUUCUCACCUUACUAUUCACAAAAGCAUCCCAACACUACUUUAGGCUGGCCUGCAUUUUAACUACUGACUUAGUGUCUUGGGAGUUCCUCAGAAAUGUCCCAUCUGAAGUUUCUAUAUGAAUGAAACACGAAUAGGUGAUAUUUCUCUGUUAGGCCACCCUGAAAACAAAUACAGUCAAAAAUCAAAAAGAAUAUAGGUUGAAAAUAAAGAGAACAUGCAGGCAUUUCAGCCACCUUGGCUGUCCCUUAGCCACCUGAUUUCUCUCAGAACUACACCCCAUAUCUCUUUGAUCUUUAUACCUUUUGUUUUCAGAUUUUCUGUCUUCUGUAUCCACACCCAUUGAGCCUCACUCCUAAAGUCCAAAUAAAAGUCAGCAUCAUCCUUAUCUGCCUCCAAAACAUGUGUUGCUUUCCUAUUGGGAGAUAAGCAAUUUAAGGUUUCCUGCCUGGUUCUCAGUCCAAAAGCCAGUGCCUGAUCAUUUGUGAGCCUUUCCACAGGACUGAGCCCCAUGGUAAAGGCCACGAGGACACAUAAGCACUGCUCAUCCACGUCCAGGAAAAGAUUUCACAACAAUGUGUGCUAUCAAGUUAUUGAAUUUAGGAUUUCCUUGGAUUUGGGGUUUUUUGCCAAGGAAAAGAUUUGCAAGUCUCUAACAAUUGUUUCCUUUUGGUUUCUGUGAUCCCCUCUGAACCUGUAUAUAUCUAUCAUGCCACUAUUGAUUUUGCAAUGUCUUGUUGUCUCUCACAAAUGUCAGGCUAAGCUACUUUUCCAAAAGAUGCAUAGCUCUUGUUUUUUUUCCACAUAAUUUCCUUUUCAUAGGACGGUUCUUACCAAUAAACUUAAAUGCUUUUUGUAUAGUGUUUAUCAUAUUUGAUGAGCCAUAAAUAGUAAAUACAUAGUAUACCAAUGCCCAGAAUAGAAUAGUUACAGUAUUUUGAUGAAAUCCUAUUUUUAGAUUAUAAAUUUCAAGAUGAGUCUAUAGUAUCUUCUUUAAAAAAAAAUUUAAAAAGACAAUUGAAGUUUAAAUAUAGUAGACUUUUUUAUUUAAGGAAACUUCUAUGAUCAUUUUUUAAGAAGCCAUUCUAAUAAAAUGACCUAAUUGGCCCAAAAGAUAAUAAUUAUCACUUUAUAAUAGCAACCAAAGGAAAUUUAGAAAAAAAAAAAUGUCUUUCUUCUUAUGCGUUACCAUUUGACUGCUGUGACCAUCUCUCCUGGCCGAAGUUCCAGCAUCCAGUAAAACCUCUUUCUCCAUCGCUCUUAUCUAGGACAGUUUUCAGAAUCUACAGUCUUGCAUAGGAUUAAGAAAUCCGCUACCCUGAACAUUUUGAAAAACUCCCCCAGCUUUGGAUGUUUGCAGAGUUCAUGAAGGAGUGAAUUCAAAGUGCUGCCUCAGGAAAAGCUGUAGUACCAAGAAUCAGGCCUUAUCUGGGCCAGGGGAUUGGGCUAGGGGAGAGUCAGAGAAGGAACGCAGAACUGCCCUGGAGAGCUUGGAGAGUUUGCCCUGCUGGGCGCAGUCCAUGGUUCUGAUCCAUAGUUGACCAUGGAAACAAAGCUAUUUCUGGGACCUCGACAAGGUAUCAGUGGCUCUUGCCAAAAUUCUUCCACAAAGUCCGAAGCAGAUUAAGUGAUGGUGGAGAAAGAAAGAAAGAAAGAAAGAAAGAAAGAAAGAAAGAAAGAAAGAAAGAAAGAAAGAAAGAAAGAAAGAGAGAGAGAGAGAGAGAGAGAGAGAGAGAGAGAGAGGGGAGAAAGAAAGAA